AUGCGUCUCUCCACCCUCACCUCUCUCCUCCUAACCGGGGCACUCCCCCUCACCUCCGCCCUCGCCGCGCCCAAGAACCACGACUACUCCUCCCCGAUCUGCAACUUAAACAAGCCCAUCUCCUUGACCCCGGACCAAGAGACAUACCUCUACAACCGGACCUACGCCUUCAAGGAACUCGCGCCCCCCAACCCCGCCUCGGAGCAGUGCUUCAACAAGCAGGCCCACGUGCGCGUCAUCAUCCUCUUCAAGCGCCGACCGGACAUCUCGGAGGACUACUUCCACCUGCACUGGAGCACCGUGCAUGCCGAACUCACGGUCGCGGCGAGGGACUUUGGGAUCCACAUCUCGAGGUACAACCAGUUCCACCAAACCGCACCCGACAAAACCCUCCUCGCGCCCCUCUUCGCCCAAGGCUUGCAGCCUGCACCGUAUGAUGGUAUCGCAGAGCUGUACGCCCCGGACAUGGACGACUUUCAGAAGUUCAUGAACGGCGUGCUCAGGGAUGAGCCGACGCAGAAGGAUAUCGUAAGGUUUGUUGAUGUCGCGGCGGGCCUGCAUGUCAUGGCUGGGUAUGAUGAUCUGGUAUAUGGGUUGGCGGCGCCGGGGAUGGGGGGUUCGGAUGGGAUUGUGCCUGGGGAUGAGCGGUUGGUGUACUCGGAUGGGGGGGAUUAG